CAGCGAUCAUGGACGCUGCUGCAUCGUCACUCACUGGCCAGUACGCGAGCUCGAACUUGGCCGAGACGUCAGUCGAACGAGCGUCUCUAACUGACAAAGAGAGUGCAUAGAAUUCAUUUCGCAGCUCGCCGCUCAUGUGUUCGGCGUGCGAGCUGAAGUUCGCAAAAACGUACCAGCUGAUCUCGGCACAGUGGUGGUAGUCAAGGCGCGUGCGGCGUGCCGCUUCGGAAUCCGUAGCGCGGUUGCCGUCUGACUGAAGGUCUGCGAGAUUUGACACUACCGGCUCUGCCAAGGACUUCUCCGUUCCUCGCCGCUGGUGAAUCGUCUCUGCACCGCGUGUAACGUACUGUCGUGUGCUCCCGACGUCUUCAGCUCUCUGCGAAGCCAUCGACCAGAGGCGGCGACGGCGCUAGCGAACGAGUUUUGACAAAUUCGGAGCGUUCACCCCUUCCCUCAGACAGUCCCUGCCGUGGUGACUAUGUUCUGUUACCACUGUCCGAUAAGCAGCCUUGGUCCAAGACCUCCUCCCCUGCCUUUCUCUGUUUACUCUCCGGGAUCUCCAUAUGGUAGCUAUGGAUACCAGUCGGAGCUUCACGAAGAUGCCUUCGUGCGGAGAAAGCAGCGAAGGAACAGGACGACGUUUACCGUCCAACAGCUGGAGGAGCUGGAGAAGGCGUUUGCUCAGACCCACUACCCGGACGUGUUCACGCGAGAGGACCUCGCCAUGAAGAUAAACCUCACCGAGGCCAGGGUCCAGGUCUGGUUUCAAAACCGACGCGCCAAGUGGCGCAAGGCCGAGCGGCUGCGCAAGGAACGCGAAGAGAAAGACCGCUCGGCGGCCGGAGCGGACGGCGCCUCUUCCGGCGGCGCGGCAACAGAUGCCGGCGGAGCAGGGAGCGGCGACCUGGCCACGGGUAGCGACAACGGUGGACCCCCGAGUCCACUCUCCUCUGGCGAAAGGAUUGACAAGCCCGGCGUGCACAGCAGCUCUUCGCUGGCCAUGCACGACGAGGACGACGACGAGUCUCAGGCGUCGGCGCAAUCAGACUCGGCCGGAAGCGCGGCUGCCGCCGCCUCCUCCACGACCAAUGGCGGCGGCGGCGGCGGCGGCGCGGCGCCUUCUUUGCUCGACCCGUCGCGACUCGCGGCCGACCAGUCGCGGCUGGAGGCGUUCGCCAAGGCUCACGAGGCCGCCAUGAAUUCGUCGCCACUGCUAGCAGCUGCGGCAGCCGCGGGUAGGGCCCCGCUGUCGCUGCUGCCACCGCCUCUGAGUGCCGCGUCCCGCUUGUCCUCGGUGCCCUCGUCCGUCUCGUCCGUCAUGGAGCAGCAGCAUCCGUUCUUCAAGGACGCUUUGUCGUCUUUCGCCGCCGCGGCCGCUGCGUCACUGCCAUUGCGAGGCAUGCACCAGCACCCGCUGUUCUCCGCCUUUGCUGACUCAGGUUUGGGUGGGCCGGGCGGUGGACCACCGGGCGUCGGUGUGAGCGCCGGCAGCGGUGGAGGAGCAGGAGGAGCAACGGGGGCCGGCGGGGGCUGCUCGGCGCCGGACUCGCUGCUGGGUCCGCACCCGCGCUUUCCUCUGCCACCCAUGUACUUCCCGCCUCACCUGUCGGCGCAAUUUGCUGCAGGACACGCUGCUGCUGCAGCAGCAGCCGCAGCCUCGUUCCCGUUCAAAGGCAUGCACCCGCUGUGCGCGUGCUGCGUGGCCAAAACCCACGGUACGCCGCACCAGGCUCCCGCGCACUCGGCGGCACCGCCCCACCACGCAGCCUCCUCCACCGAUAACCACCACGCAGCUGCGGCGCUUAGCCAACUGGGGGCCGCCGCCGCUGCCGCCGCCGCGAGCGCUGCCGCCGGCGGCAACAGCGGCGCCGGAGGCAGCAGCAGCGCUAUCAUCACUUCCGGCGCACAGGCGCUGUCCGGCGGCACGGGACGCAACAGCGCGGGUGGCACAGCAAAUGGCGGCUCGGACGAAGUCACCACCACCAGCAGCGUGUCCGAACUGCGGCGCAAGGCCCGCGAGCACUCACAGGCAGUCAUGCUGCAGUCAGCGGCCAUGCUGAAGCCGCCGGCUGUCACGGUCUCGGAGAGCGCUUAGGCGUCCACGCAGCACACUGCACUUUAAGUGCAGCAGGACACGCGGCGGUGGGCACAUAUUCCGCGAGUGUAAAACGUACCGCUCCUCUCCAUCCUUGCUCUCUCUUCUUUUGCUUUUCUUUCCACAA